UGGCAAGCAGUUCCUGAUGUGUUCAGAGCAGAGACACACACACACACCCUGUAUGCUGCUGUGCGUCUUCUACCAGCAGCCUCAGCAACACUCCAACCUGAGACCAUGGGAGCCUGAGACCUGCACCCCCCACCAGCACCCUGCACCACCGAUGAUGAUCAGCAGAUAGCGGUGUACAGGAUGACCAUGGCUCCCCGGAAAAGGAAUCGUCAUGCUCUGGGAUUCCUCUGCUGUUUCGGGGGCAGCGAACACCCCGAAAUCAACCUCAAGGACAACAACCCGCUUCAGUUUGUGGAGUUUGCGGGGCCCAUGCCGUCCGCCGAUGAGCUCAACGCCCGCUUCUCCGAGCUGGUGGAUGAGUUGGAUCUCACAGACAAGAACAGGGAAGCCAUGUUUGCGCUCCCCGCAGAGAAGAAAUGGCAGAUUUACUGCAGCAAGAAGAAGGAACAAGAAGAUCCAAACAAACUGGCGACCAGCUGGCCGGACUAUUACAUCGACCGAAUCAACUCCAUGGCAGCUAUGCAGACUCUGUACGCCUUCGAUGAGGAAGACACGGAGAUGAGGAACAAAAUCGUGGAAGAUCUGAAGACGGCGCUGCGCACCCAGCCCAUGAGGUUUGUGACCCGGUUCAUCGAACUUGACGGUUUGACGUGCCUGCUGAACUUCCUGAAGAGCAUGGACUACGAGACGUCGGAGAGCCGAAUACACACAUCCGUUAUAGGAUGCAUCAAGGCGCUGAUGAACAACUCGCAGGGCAGGUCCCACGUCCUGGUCCACCCCGAGAGCAUCAACAUCAUCUCCCAGAGCUUACGGACUGAGAACGUCAAGACCAAGAUCGCCGUGCUGGAGAUCCUGGGGGCCGUGUGCCUGGUCCCCGACGGACACAAGAAAGUCCUGCGAGCCAUGCUCCAUUACCAGGUCUACGCCGCCGAGCGGACGCGCUUUCAGUCGCUCUUGAAUGAACUGGACAGAAGUAUGGGAAGAUACAGAGACGAGGUCAAUCUAAAGACCGCCAUCAUGUCUUUCAUCAACGCCGUCCUCAACGCCGGAGCAGGAGAGGACAAUUUAGAAUUUCGGUUACACCUUCGAUACGAAUUUCUCAUGCUGGGAAUCCAGCCCGUUAUCGAAAAACUGAGAAGACAUGAAAACGCCACCCUGGACAGACAUCUGGACUUCUUUGAGAUGGUGAGAAAUGAGGAUGAACUGGAACUGGCCAAAAGGUUUGACCUGGUUCACAUAGACACCAAAAGUGCCACCCAGAUGUUUGAUCUGAUAAAGAAGAAGAUGAAGCACACGGACGGGUACCCGUACCUGCUGUCCAUCCUCCAGCACUGCCUGCAGAUGAACAAGCGGAACGGAAGUAAUCUGCAGCACUGGCAGCUCCUGGACCGGAUUCUACAGCAGAUCGUCCUUCAGGAUGAGAGCGGAGAAGAUCCCGAUGUGUCCGCACUGGAGAACUUCAAUGUCAAGAAUAUUAUAAAGAUGUUAGUAAAUGAGAACGAGGUGAAGCAAUGGCGGGAACAAGCGGAGAAGUUCAGGAAAGAGCACACGGAGUUGACCAGCCGGCUGGAGAGGAAGGAGAGGGAGUGCGAGACGAAGACUCAGGAGAAGGAGGACAUGAUGAAGACCCUCAACAAGAUGAAGGACAAGCUGCAGAAAGAGUCGGUGGAGCUGCGGCACGCCCGGGACCAGAUGGGGGAGCUGAUGGCUCAGCUGAACGAGCUCUCGAAUGGGGGUGCCCUUUCCUUUCCUCCUCCCCCUCCCCCGCCUCCAGGGGGCCCCAUCCCUAUUCCUCCAUCUUUAUCCGAAAACUUACCACCCCCUCCUCCGCCCCAAUCGUUUUCCUGUUUCCCUCCACCCCCUCCUCCACCGCCGCCGCCAGGGGGCCCCCCACCACCGCCCGGAGCUCCGCCUUUCUUCGGAAUGGGUAUGAUGGCCCCGCCCCUGAACUUAUUUAACCCUGGAACUAACUUGAGGAAGAAGUCGAUCCCGCAGCCGUCGCAUCCGCUGAAGUCUUUCAACUGGUCCAAACUGAACGAGGAUAAAAUCAGCGACACAAUCUGGAAUGAGAUUGAUGACAUCAGAGCCUUUAAAAUUCUGGACCUGGAAGAGUUUGAAGGAAUGUUUUCGGCCUAUCAGCGACAUCAGGACCUGCUCACUAACAACUCUCUGAAGCAGAAGGAAAUGGACUCCAUGGAGGAUAUCUACCUGUCUACACGGAAGGUCAAAGAACUUUCUGUGAUCGACGGCCGGCGGGCGCAGAACUGCGUCAUUCUUCUCUCAAAGCUCAAACUUUCCAAUGAGGAGAUCAAGAAGGCCAUUAUGGAGAUGGAUGAGCAGGAGGACCUCCCGAAGGACAUGUUGGAGCAGCUCCUGAAAUUCAUCCCGGAGAAGAGCGACAUUGACCUGCUGGAAGAACACAAGCAUGAGAUCGACCGCAUGGCGAGAGCCGAUCGAUUCCUGUAUGAGAUGAGCAGGAUUGAUCAUUACCAGCAGAGGCUGCAGGCUUUGUUCUUCAAGAAGAAAUUUCCGGAGAGGCUGGCGGAGUCCAAACCAAAGGUGGAAGCUCUUCUCCUGGCGUGUAAGGAACUGACCCGGAGUAAGAGGUUGAAGCAGCUCCUGGAGGUGGUCCUGGCGUUCGGGAACUACAUGAAUAAAGGACAGCGAGGAAACGCCUUCGGAUUCAAAGUUGCAAGUUUGAAUAAAAUCAUGGACACCAAAUCCAGUAUAGACAGGAACAUCACCCUCUUACAUUACCUAAUUAUGAUCUUUGAAAGGACCUAUCCGGAUAUCCUCAACAUCCAGAAUGAGCUGCAGCACCUCUCAGAGGCCGCCAAAGUCAACUUAGUGGAGUUGGAGAAGGAAGUUCACAACAUUAAGAAUGGACUGAGGGCUGUGGAGUCGGAGUUGGAGUAUCAGAAGCGCCACUACCGGGAGGCAGGAGACCGCUUUGUGCCAGUCAUGGGGGACUUCAUCACUGUGGCCAGUUUCAGCUUCUCGGAACUCGAGGACCUUCUGAGCGAGGCCCGGGAUAAGUUUUCCAAAGCCAUGAAGCAUUUCGGGGAGGUGGACGGCCGGAUGCAGCCGGAUGAGUUCUUCGGGAUAUUUGACACUUUCCUGCAGUCGUUUUCCGAGGCCAAACAAGAUCUGGAGAACAUGAGGAAGAAGAAGGAGGAAGAGGAGCGCAGGGCGCGGAUGGAAGCAAUGCUUAAAGAACAGCGCGAAAAAGAGAGGCGGUUGAAGAAGUCCCAAGCCGGUAGCACAUCCGAGGAAGGAGGCGAGUUUGACGACCUGGUGUCGGCGUUACGAUCUGGAGAAGUGUUCGAUAAAGACUUAUCCAAGCUGAAAAGGAACCGCAAACGCUCUGGAAACCAAAUUCUGGACACGAGCAGAGAGAGAGCGGUCACCAAACUAAAUUAUUAGGAGGCCACGUCAAAAGAGAGGGAAGAGACAGACGUUAAAAAAUGGAACAGAACGGGUUUUUUUAGGAUGAUGAUUCGAGGUCACGGGAUAAAAGUUGUGGAAGAAAACAAAAACUUUUUUUUUUUACCUCCUUUUCGGUGUGACUGAGAUCAUUCCCACCAUGGCUUGGAACGUCAAGCUUUCUUGAAGUGCCUCAGUGGAUUCAUUUCAUGCCUGGUGAAGGGCUCGGGUCCACGUCUCUGCGAGUAUUUGGAAAAGGCCCGCGGCGGUGGAUGAAGACGGGUCAAACCUCCACAGGGCCGAUCCUAGGGUCACAGGCGAAAUAUUUCUGGCGCCCCCUACACGGGCGUCAUCAUUUUACUAACU